AUGCAUUCUGAUGAAGGGUUUGCUAUCUGGCCCACGACUGCUGAUGACGUGGAUUACACCUUUGAUCUCCGCAGACGAAAGGGUCACAACUACGAUCUCCGCAGACGAAAGGGUCUCAACUUCGAUCUCCGCAGACGAAAGGGUCUCAACUUCGAUCACCGCAGACGAAAGGGUCUCAACUUCGAUCUCCGCAGACGAAAGGGUCUCAACUUCGAUCUCCGCAGACGAAAGGGGCACAACUUCGAUCUCCGCAGACGAAAGGGUCACAACUUCGAUCUCCGCAGACGAAAGGGUCACAACUUCGAUCUCCGCAGACGAAAGGGUCUCAACUUCGAUCUCCGCAGACGAAAGGGGCACAACUUCGAUCUCCGCAGACGAAAGGGUCUCAACUUCGAUCUCCGCAGACGAAAGGGGCACAACUUCGAUCUCCGCAGACGAAAGGGUCUCAACUUCGAUCUCCGCAGACGAAAGGGUCUCAACUUCGAUCUCCGCAGACGAAAGGGUCACAACUUCGAUCUCCGCAGACGAAAGGGUCACAACUUCGAUCUCCGCAGACGAAAGGGUCACAACUUCGAUCUCGGCAGACGAAAGGGUCACAACUUCGAUCUCGGCAGACGAAAGGGUCACAACUUCGAUCUCGGCAGACGAAAGGGUCACAACUUCGAUCUCCGCAGACGAAAGGGUCACAACUUCGAUCUCCGCAGACGAAAGGGUCACAACUUCGAUCUCCGCAGACGAAAGGGUCACAACUUCGAUCUCCGCAGACGAAAGGGUCACAACUUCGAUCUCGGCAGACGAAAGGGUCACAACUUCGAUCUCCGCAGACGAAAGGGUCACAACUUCGAUCACCGCAGACGAAAGGGUCACAACUUCGAUCUCGGCAGACGAAAGGGUCACAACUUCGAUCUCGGCAGACGAAAGGGUCUCAACUACGAUCUCCACAGACGAAAGGGUCACAACUUCGAUCUCCGCAGACGAAAGG